AAGACUAUGUCUGGAUAUUCGGCUUUUUUCUGCUACACGGCUGCAUCUACCUUGUCGAGGUCUGCUCACGGCUGAUCUUCUUCCGCACAGGUUGGAUGCUCUUAUUUCAUCACACGCUCUGGGUGGUCCUCAUCUUUGUGGCUGCAGCCACCCGCUCUGUAUUCAUGGUGAAGGUCGAUCUCAUUCUGGAUGGGUUCGUGAACUAUGAGUUCGGCCUCUUUGUUGCUACCUUCCUUCGCCGCACUGGCGCCUCGCUGGUGUGGCGAAAGCGCUCAAUCGUGUGGGGGUGCGCCCUCUUCGCAGUGACUCGCGUUCUCCAGCUCCUCGUCCUCUUCUACCUCUUUAUUGGCUCCGCGAAACGAAUGGUGCACAAUGGGGGACAGAAGGACCAGUUCGUCUUCUUCUUUGCGCUGAUUUGUGCCGUGAUACUCAACGCGCUGCAGCUGUACACGUUACAGAUAUAUCGCGUCAUGUAUCUUUCAGAUUGCAAGCGUGAGCAGGAGCUGACAGGGACGGUGGCGGCAGAGGCGGAGGGGCUGCGGCUGCACCUCUCGAGCUGCAGCUUCACCGGCUACAAGGGCGUGCGGAAGGACGUGCGGAAGGAGCGCCCUGGCCGCUUCGAGGCGUACCUGGCCAGGGUGGACGGAAGGCAGGUCGGCCUCGGCACCUUCGGCACGGCGGUGGAGGCGGCGGUGGCGUACGCGCGGGCGGUCGGCGAGGCGCCGGAAGCGCCAGUCGAAGAGCAGCAGGCUUAGUUUCAACGCUCAAUAGAUCCGAGGGGCAUCUUUGCACGCGCGCGCAUCUACACCGACCUCCUCGGGACCAACGCGUCGGCACCCCUGACGGAGGCCGAGGGGGAGGGGGGGGCGUCCGGCGCGUGGCCACGUAUGCGCGUGGGCACGCGGGCGCUGUGACCACACGAGACAUCGUCGAGGGCGCAGCCCGGUGGCCGGUGGCGCGGUGGCGGCGGGCGGGUGGAGCUACAGUUAGGCGAUGCAGGUAUGCACAAUUCACGAGUAUGUUCAGCGGGCGCCGCGUGUGGGGCCCUGUUGGAGUUGGUACAGACAACAGAGUAGAGUAUACAGAGCACUAAUAUACGUAUCGCCCUUCUAGCUCUUAGCAAUGAGCUGCGCCCUGUGUCCGACCCCUUUUGCGCAGCAACACCAUAUGUCCAUAUCCAU